AAUUCUUUCGCGAACACUCGAUUGGCCGGACUCGCUCGGAUAGAAAGGAGAAGUGCCUUCUUGAACCUUUGCACGUGACACAAGUCACGAGUGCCUGCAUCGAUAGUUACCUCAUCGACACAGCCCCAUCAACGGGGUUCCUUGCCCCGGAAUAGACCCGGAUCUGCCAAGUGACACGCAUCUGCAGGCGUUCCACGGACUGGCGAGUCAUACCGCUCGUGUACAGCUCACACACGCCGCCGCAUCAUGCCCCGCACCGCGAAAGACAAGCCGGCCGACUCGAGCGCGCACAAGGCAAAGAGCAAAGCGGCUGCAGAGAGGACGAGGAAGCACAUUCCACAGGCGUGCGAUGUGUGCCGGGCGAGACAUAUCCGAUGUGACGGGACGAAGCCUGUGUGUGAGCAGUGCAGGCAAUCCACACGGAUGCAUGAGGUGAAGUGUCUGCAGUUCUCUGGGUGUCAUUCUUCGCCAACGAAUGGGACGGCAGUGUACGUGGUUGAAGGGAACGGUUCGCAAGCCGCGGACAGAGGCGCACUUCGAGGCGCUGCGGAAGCAGGUCGACUCGCUGCAGGCGUAUUGCCGGGCUCUGGAAGAACGCGUCGCCAUAUGCUCUUGUCAAACAAGGAGCGAGAGCGAUUCCCUCAGCCGGCCACUGGCUUCUUUCGACGAAGAGGAUGAGGAGAAUGACUUUGGGGAUCAGCAAGCUGACGGCGUGUGGGAAGGAGCCCGGCGAGAAGACGAUGAGGAGGAAGAGCUGGACGAUAUAGCACAGGAGCUGUGCAUCCCGGCACAGGAUCUCAAGCUCGGCGAGCGUGAACUUGAAUCUCACGGCAUCACCGCGCCCUUCCGAUUUCUGGCCGUCUCGAUCGAUGACCCACCCGCUCCGCCCAAAUCCUCCCAGCUUUCCGAGAAGAACGCGAUCUCGAACGCUGCCGACACUUAUGUAUUCACUCUCGACGGCAGCAACGAAUUUGACCCUACGUUUCAGUGGGCCCGGUAUCUUCCUAAAGAAGUCCCGCUUAGCAGACAGGAGCACGACCGCAUUCUCGAUCUGCUGUUCAAAUUCUUCACGAUGUGGUGCAUGCGCGUCGUCCCAUCCCUCUUUCUGCGGGACAUGCACCGCCAUCUCUCAGUCCCGAGCUCUUCGCCGCCCCCGAAGACGACGCACUACUCCCCCAUGUUGCACAAUGCGCUGAUCGCCCUGGCGUCGGGGUUCUCAGACGAUCCCCGCAUCCGAGACCUCCGGGCCAGGCAGUAUUUUGCCGACGCCGCGAAGCGGUGCAUCGAGGCAGAGUGCAUGAAGCCGAACAUCAGCGUCGUCCACGCGCUCUCAAUCCUCGCCAGCUUCCACUCCACGCAGGGCGACCAGAUGCUCGGCUAUCUCUACUUCGGGAUGAGCGCGCGGAUAAGCCAGGCGCUCGGGCUGUGCAUGGACGCGCAGCCGUGGGUCAAGGCGGGCCGGAUCACGGCGGCUGAUAUGCAGGAUCGGGGGUGGGCGUACUGGACGACGUUUACGCAGGACGUGUGCUGGUCGCUCUAUGUCGGGCGCGAGUUUAGCUUGCCCGCUCCGUCAGAGACUGUGCCAGUCCCGUUCGUUGAUACCGCAUCGGACCGGAUUGCGUGGAGCUACAGAAACUCGGGACUGGAUCCCCAGGCAAAUCACUUGUCGAGCACGUUCUCUGCCACCUGCGACUUGUUGCUGAUUGCUCGCAAGAUCAUGAAGAUCGUAAAUCGUCUGGCCAAGGUUUCGGGCAGAAAAGACCUCAUAAACGACCACAUGAUCAGCGAAAUCGACGUGAAAAUUCAUGCAUGGAAAAGUCGUCUGAAGCCCGAACUGGAGAUCAACGCCUCGAACCGAGACUUUGCCACGCCACACAAGUUGAUGCUGCAUUGCAUGUACUGGUGGUCUUUCAUUCUCCUCCACCGGCCUUUCUUUCACAGAAAAGCCAAACCGAUGCACGGAUCGGAUCCUGAAGUUGAUCAUGUCAAACUUUGUAAACGGGCAGCGGAGAAUCUCAUGGAUCUCGUGCAGAGCUACCGAUCGCUCUACAGUCUCAGAUACGUCCCCAUGACUAUGAUUCAAGUCGUCUUCUCCGCAGGAACCGUCUACCUCCUCCUCGCCGCCCGCUCGCUCUCGGGCGCUCGUAUCGGGCACACAACACUCACAGCCUCCCUGGCCCAGACCGAUCUCUGCAUCGACUACCUGCACGAGAUCGCAAAAUCGUGGUCCUGCGCGACAGCCAUCGCGAACAUCCUGCACGGUCUCAAGGCCGAUAGGAUUGGGCUGCUCCUGCGCAGGCGGGGCAUGAGUAUCACGCAGCAGCCGCUGGAUGAACCCGCGCCCGCUGUUCCUGCCGCUGCUGCUGAGGCGAUGGACUUCAACAUCUUCUCUGCUCUCGACUCGGGCACGAACUACGACUCGGAGAUGUGGAACCUCCUCGGGAUGGUCGGCGGGGAGACGCUGUCGGCGGUGCCGUUCGUGCCGUUCGACAUGGGCUAUCAGGAUGUGGAGUCUCCUGCGCUGCGGGAUGACGAAGCAGGUGCGCGGGACAUGAAUAUGGAUAUGGAUGCGCUGUGGAAUGAGCUCUGGCCUUGAGUAUCCAGUCGAUCCAAGUGUACCACAUCGCAUCUCACUUUACUUUGGUCUUGGGCUUCAUAACGGCGGUCGCGCAGUGAGAAGAUGCCAGAAGGGAAGCAGAGGUACAAGAUUUGAGAUGGCAAGCUUCUCUGUUGUCCCAUCAAGCAUACUCUAUGCGACAUCCCCUCCC